CAAACAAAAUCAAGAUAACCAGAAAACCCUCUUUAGAUAAACAAUUUGUGGCGUCAAAGCAAUCCCAUCCCUCGCCUUCAACAAAAAUCUCUUCAAAUUUGUUUGUUUACAAAACCCACAUUCAUUAAGUGACAAGGCAAAAGGAGGAAUCUGUUUUUAGAGCUUUCUGAAGUCCAAGUAAAGUCCUUUCUUCUAAAAGUGUAGAUAUGGAGAUCGAUAAAGCAAUCAGAGAAAGUGAUGAUAGGAGGCUUAUGACCAAGUACAACAACGCCAUCUAUGUUAUUAAAAGAGCUCUUGCUCUUUACUCUAUUGAAGAGGUUGCUUUCAGCUUCAAUGGUGGAAAAGAUUCUACUGUUUUGCUGCACCUUCUUAGGGCUGGCUAUUUUUUGCAUAGAGUGGAACAAAGUUGUUCUAAUGGGAUUCUGACAGAAUUUCCAAUUCGAACAAUCUAUUUUGAGAGCACUUCAGUGUUCCCUGAAAUAAAUACAUUUACCUAUGACACGUCCAAGACUUAUGGCUUGCAAAUGGAUAUCAUCCGCUCAGAUUUCAAGUCUGGUUUGGAGGCUUUGCUAACGAAUAAACCUAUCAGAGCGAUAUUUCUUGGUGUCCGAAUUGGGGAUCCUACAGCGGUAGGCCAAGAGCAGUUUUCCCCUAGUUCACCAGGAUGGCCACCCUUCAUGAGAGUAAAUCCUAUCUUGGACUGGUCGUACAGAGAUGUAUGGGCUUUUCUCUUAACCUGCAAGGUUCAAUACUGUAGUCUUUAUGAUCAAGGUUAUACUUCAAUUGGGAGCAUACACGAUACAGUGCCAAAUGCAUUGCUUUCCAUCAGCAGCACCUCCAGCAAAGAAAAAUUUAAACCUGCAUAUUUGCUUUCUGAUGGAAGACUAGAAAGGGCAGGGCGAGUUAAAAAGAAAUCUUCUUUAGAUGGUACUCUUUGUCCUGCUGUUAACAUUGGCCUAGAUGGUGCGAAUUCACUGAAAAACAGGAUGUUUACUUCUUCAGUGAUUGGUGUUGGGGAUGAGAUUCUGUUUGGCACUGUUGAGGAUCAGUUGGGACUUUCAUUGUGCAGAAAGCUACAUUCUAUAGGUUGGUUGACAUCACAAGCUUCUGUUGUUAGGAAUGAUAUAGAUUUUGUGGCUGAAGAGGUUGAACGAUGUAAAUCUACCAGUGACAUGGUAUUUUUGUAUGGAGGAGUGGGCCCUUUGCAUUCUGAUGUUACUUUAGCAGGCGUCGCAAAGGCAUUUGGGGUUCGCUUGGCUCCUGAUGAAGAGUUUGAGGAAUUUCUAAGGCAUCUUAUUGGUGACCAAUGCACUGGUGAUCGGAAUGAGAUGGCGCAGUUACCGGAAGGCAUCACUGAACUAUUGCAUCAUGAAAAGCUGGAUGUGCCCCUGAUCAAAUGUUGUAAUGUAAUCGUAAUUUCUGCGACAAAUUCUACCGAGCUGGACAAGCAGUGGGAUUGUCUGAUCGAAUUGUCCGGAUCCGAUGGCUUCUUAUUGACGACCGAACCAUACUCAACAAAGCACUUGACAACAAAUCUAACAGAUGUGGAAAUUGCUCAACCCCUAUCAAAACUUUGUCUUGAAUUUCCGGACCUUUACAUAGGUUGUUUCCGCAGAUCUAGACAAGGUCCUCUCGUGAUUAGCUUUGAGGGCAAGGAUGCAACUAGAGUUGAAGCAGCUGUUGAAGCAUUGUGCAAGAAGUUCAAUCCCGGGGCAUUCUCCGAAGUCAAUUAGACUAAUAUCGGCUGUUGUUUGUUUUGCUCGCUAAGCUUCGAAAGAUAAGAAGCUUAUUCGACUCGUGCAACCGUGACUGUCGGUUUCAGAGUAGAAAAUGGUAG